AUGUGUUCAACAUCAGUUUACUACCUGCACAGUCUCUCUCAUGAAGUGUAUUCACAUUUCUCGCAGACCCCGGCAGCGGUGUUCAGCAAGAAGGUGCGCCCGGCACCGGCACCGAUGGCGACGGUGGUGGCAGUAGUGCCCCCGCCCCCUGCCGGCUUUGCUCCGGUGCCCACACCAGUACCACCCCCGCUGCAGCCGCCGCCACCCCCGGAGCAGCGUGACCGUUCGCUGACAGUAAUGAUUCCUCGGGCCAAGUACCGUCCGUCACCCAUGGCGCCGCCCCACCAGCCGCUGCCCACUCUGGUCUCCAUGUCGACAUUCGGUGACGCAGAGAAGCGUGCCAUCGCACACGAGAGCAAGCUGCUCGCACUGCUAGAGGGCGCCUCCAAGCAGGAUGGCCAGCAUCAUCACCAUCACCAUCAGCAGCAGCAGCAGCAGCAGCAUCAACAUCAACACCAGCAGCAGAUGUCAAAACAAAAGCCUAGCAACACACCAAGCCAAGUGACGGAGUCAUCCACUCCGAGGAAGAAUUCGUCUCCGAGGAAACCCUCAACCGGAAACAUUCCACCUCCAGCGCCUGGAGCCCUUGUGUCAGCAGGCUUUGAGGUGUCGGCGACAGUCGGCAAGCCUCAUCCGGAUUCCGACACGGAGGUGUCGGCAGUCGUCCACAGUGGCUCCACACUGAGGACAACAGACAGUGUACAAAUCACCGUCGAAGAGAUGUCGGAGCCGUCGGUAAAAGCAGGGUCUGCUGUGGAAACGCUGACUGUGUCUGAAGCUCGAUCUUGUGACGAGACGACGAUACAUCCACCGACGAAGUCACUCCACAGCAAUUACAGCUCAAAACACUCGUCGAACAACCUCAACAAUGAUGAGGGGCACACAAUGGCAGAGAGGGACAUUGGCUCUACUUUUGUGAUGCCACAGUCGCACUUGUACACACCGGACAGGGGAAGCGACAUUUCAAAUUUUGACUCACUGUGAGAGAAGCCUUCAGUGCAACUGCAGAAGGUUGUUACAUCACUUGCACUGCGAGGCUUUCGAGAGUGAAGAUCCGACACUUCCAAACGGAGCCAUUGUGUGUCGACUUUAAACGAAGGAAAUUGUGAAAAGAAUGUGACUGUUGCAGGCUGCAUUUCAGAGACAUAAUAAGUCUGUUAUCGUAUUUAAUAUAGUGAAGGACUGAAUACUGUUAUGUUAACUUGGAGUAACUAAAUGUAUAUCCAUAAUUUGAACAACAUUAUGUUCAAGCUCUCUGUGUGCCCACUGAAGGAGCAGUUAUAUGUAGACAUUUAUUUUAAAUACAUUGUACUGUGCCAUAGUCACAGUAGAUUUCAUAAGACUAAUGUGUCAUCACGCUUUCAGGACUUCCUUUAAUCUGUCGCUGCAUGUUCUUGGGGUAGUUUGGUGCCUGCUCAGAAACAAGAUAGCUUCUUAGAUUCCUGAGGUCAUUUUUAUCAAAUGUAGAACACUGCUAGCAUCUACAUAAAAGCCAUGUCAAAAUACACAACAGCAGAAAAACUGUUGAUAGAAUUAUUUUGUGACUGCUGUGCAUAUGAUUUAUUAUUUUUUUUAAGGCUCUACACCCAAGGAAUUAAAUGACAAAAACGUAACUGUACACCACUUGUCUAAUGGGAUGAUUAUGAACUGUCAGAUAUUUUGUGCUCAUCAAAUGUAACUUAGACACUAUCAUGGAAUGAUUAGACACUAUCAUCUUCAGUGUUUGUGACACACACAAGAUGAAUGUAUCUUAAAAAUUUCACUUAAGAAGCAUGUUGCAUCUCAUUUAUGGUUGUGACGUUUAUUUUAGUAUUAUAACUGACUAUCAGAUUAUGAAAGAGAAGCCUGAUUUUCUGAAUGUAAGGUCUUGAACUGUCACCGCAAUAGCAGUACAUAACUUAAUUAUCUUACCCUAAGGCAGUUCUCAGUAUGAUGACAUAUUAGUACAUACCACAUACUAUUCAUUAUUUCCUUCAAAACAGAGGUGAACACAUGCUUGUAAAUAACUAUAUUAGAUGUUUUAAAUAAUUUAUAUAUUUGUAUAUUUCAAUACAGCUUUUGUUAAAUAAAAGCAGAGCAGCUUCCUGUGUAAAUAUCUUGCUGUUCAUUGUUUUGGGGAGAGUUUGAAAAUGUUGUUUAACUGAUGGAGAAACCUGAAUACUCAUCCUUUUUGUUUUUUGAAUGAACAAUGCAGAGUUAUGUUUGUGAGUAUGUUGAGUGCCAAAUGAGUGAUGUGUGGGUUCCCUAACUGUUUAUACCUGAAGAAUGAAACACUGCAAUAAUUUUGGAAAAAGAAAGUUGUCAUUAAUGAUUUGUAAUUAAAAAUUAUUUUUUAGUGUUUCAUUCAGAGUGCUGUAAACUUCUAAAAGAGUGAGAUAAAUCAGUGUCUUUUUUUUUAUAAAUACAAAAAUAAACUAACUGUAUGUUACAUACAUGUGUGUACCAUCUUUUUUUUAUUUUUUGUCACACCAAGUCAAAUACUUUACAAGGACAAAUCAAUAAUUUAUAUGCAUUUUCUUUUUUAAAUUUAUUGAGAAAAAGAACAGGUGUUCCAUACAUAACUCAUUUUACUAUGCAGCCUCCCUCCAAUAUUAAGACUUAAUCAGUAAUUUUUAAAUUUCUGAAUCUACUUACACACCUUAUUAUGUGCCAGAACAUUGUUUCCAUAGUAGUAUACCUACUGACUUGAGGAUUUGGGUGACAGCUCUUCGUCAUCCUCUGCACACACAGAUGGUGGAGCCGAGCUGUUGUAAUUAUAUUUUUAAAGCCACAAGGAAACUUUGAAAGAAGCAAACUUAA